AUGCUCGGGUCCAGAGCUGCUCUCGUAGUAGAGUUUAUCUUCACCUGCUUUAUUUCAUUAGCUUUCGUCGCCGACAUAUCAAAUGCGGCAUCUAUAGAGCCGGUGAUAGAGAGUGUCUCUCCUAUCGAGGGAUUUUCUAAGAAUGCCAUUACCGCUGCUGUGAACGCCACGGAGCCUGCCAAUGGUGACUACAUUAUAUCACAAUCUGCCAUCAAGGGAAAAACCGUCUACGCAACCUUCAGCGCGGCCAUCACCGCCAUCCAGAAAGUGUCAAGCACGAAGGCCGUAACUGUAUUCGUUUACCCCGGCACCUACAAGGAGCAGAUCGUCUUCAGCCGCUCCGGCACCACCAUCUUCCGCGGAUACACCAAGGACACAUCCUCUAACAAGCACAAUCAAGUUAUUAUCCAAAACAGCUAUGGCGUCGACACCCAAGGCGACCAGAGCAACUCCGACUCCGCAACCCUGUACUCCCGGGCCUCAGAUAUCCAGCUCUACAACAUCAACCUAAACAACGUCUUCGGACAGACCCGUAACUUCGCGUCCCUAGGCUUCGCCAUCGGCAACAACGGCCGCGCCGCCUUCUACGGGUGCCAAGUCACCGGAAACCAGGACACAUUCGACACCAACGCCGGGACCAGCGUAUUCGCGUACAACACGCUGAUCGAGGGAUCUGUUGAUUUCAUAUGGGGCGCCGGGUUGGCUUAUUUCCUCAACUCUACAAUCGUACCCAAUACCAAGGGCGGGUACAUCGCGGCGAUGAAGCGAGCGUCAGCCAGCACCCCCGGCGGUCUCGUCUUCGACCAAUCUACCAUUGCCGCGACGGCGAAUGCGGCUGCUGGAUCCGUCUUCCUAGGUCGUCCGUAUAACCAGUACUCCCGGGUUGCGUAUAUUAAGACAUAUCUCGACAAGUCAAUUGCACCGGCAGGGUGGUCUGUCUGGUCGAAGACAGACCCGCGGACCGAUGGGGCUCUGCUUGGCGAGUAUCAGAACCAUGGUCCUGGGGCUGAUACCAAAACCCGCGCUUCCUUCUCGCGACAGCUUUCUAAAACGGAUGUCGCGCAGUUUCGACUGUCCAACUUUUUCUCUUCUCAGGGGACAUCAUGGAUUGAUAUGACACAUGUUAAGAUCACUCCCUUUAGCCCGUAG